AUGGCAGCAAUUCAAAAAAUAAUCGACAUAAAUAAGCGCGAGCUUGAAGCCAAUGUCAGUGACUCGGCUUCGUGGCAUGCAGAUUAUCGUGACACAUCGUAUAUUUAUGUGGGGUACCUUCCGCUUGAGCUCGAAGAGAAAGAUAUCGUAGCCAUAUUCUCUCAGUAUGGCAAUCCUACACACAUAAACUUGGUACGAGAUCGAGAAACUGGAAAGUCGAGGGGUUUCUGCUACUUGAAAUAUGAAGAUGUAAGAUCUUGUGUGUUAGCAAUUGACAAUUUCAACGGAGUGCAGUUAUUGAACAAGAGAAUAAAAGUGGACCAUGUAUACUAUAAGCUUCGAGAAGGACAAAACGAGGACGAUUUCUUGGUCCAUUACGAUACGGUGAAGGAAAUUGAACCAGAAAAUGACAUAAAGUUACUAGAGUAUAAAGAUACGAAUAACGUUGAAGAUGCGGACGACGAGUUUAAAGAUCCAAUGGAGGCGUACAUUGCAGAAAGGAAACAAACCGAGAAGAAACGAGAGAGACACCGACAUAGAGACAGAAGUAAGCACAGUUACAGAAAGAUAAAUGAAGACACUCACAGAAAACAUGAAGACAGACAAGAAAAUCGAAAACGUUCACGAAGCCCCAGUCCUCAUUAG